UCAAACGCUACACACACACACACACAGAGUUGCAACCAUAAAAAACAGAGAGAAGAAGCUUACACUCUUUUUACUUUUUGCUAAUACUAAAGUUACUAGCAAUAAAUCCUCUUUCUUUUUUUGUAUAUAUAAACAGAAAGUUCGACUCUUUGUCAUAAAAAAACCAACAAAAUUUCCUGUCGAACCUUCUAAACUAAUCAACUCUCUUCCUUUUCAUCUUCUUGUCAGAAAAUUUUAGCUUUCUCUUGUUAAAGGUUUUAGUUCUUGAAUCUUGACUUUGAGUCCCUUUUGCCCUGUCUGUACUGGCUUCACUUUCAGUUCAAUUGCGUCUUUCGGUUACCACCACAGCAAAAACCUUUGAUGAAAUUACUAGAAGUUUUGACCCAUUUGUCAAUCUUCUAAUUGCGGAUCAGUAACUAUUAGGAUAUGGGAUGCCUGGUGUCUACUCCGCAGGAUUCAGGUGGAAAUCGAAGGAAACCUGGGAGUAUAGGGGAUGUGUCUGUUUAUGUACCUGGUUUUCGGAUUCCUAAGCCUGUUGAUUUCUCUCUGUCACUUGGUGAUCAUUUGCCGAAGAAUUUAGUGAAAAGCCUAUCUGCUUUAAGAACUCGUAUCGUAGUUAUGGCUGGCCAAGAAGCACCAACAGUCUCAAGAACAAGAAGAAAAAGUGCUACACAACAUGGAGGUUCAACAUUGGCCGAUCUUCAUCAGGCUCUUGAAGAUUACUUGCCUGUUCUGUUGGGAUUAGUUAAAGAUGGAAGCCAGCUACAACACAAUGUACAAUUUGUGUGGAUGAAUCAAGAGGAUGAAGCAGAGGAAACAGCGAUUUCAAACGCAUGGUAUGAGGUGUUGUCAGUUUUGCACUUGAUGGCGAUGCUAUCAUUAUCACAGGCCAACUUGUUGCUUCUUCCAAGAACAUCUUCUGAUGGUUACCAGCCAAAAGUAUCUGAAGAGAGCAGGCGAGCAUCAAUUGAUAUUUUCUUAAAGGCUGCAGGAUAUUUGGAUUGUGCUGUCCGGAAUGUGCUCCCACAAUUACCUAAUCCAUUAAGGAAAGAACUGCCAGUGGACCUUGCUGAAGGUGUUCUUAGAGCACUUUGCCUUCAAGCAUUAGGGCAGAGUGUUGACAUCCAACUAGGAAUGGCAAUCGAUAGCGCCAAAGCUACUCUUGCAGUGAAGCGAAGGCUUGCUUGUGAGAUGGUAAAGUACUGGCAGCAGGCUCAAGAUAGUAUAAUGAAUCUUCCAUUAGCAAAUGGUUGGGGGGAGAAGCACCGACUCUUAAUAGAGUGGAAAUAUGUGGAAGCAAAGGCUGCAGCAUACUAUUAUCAUGGCUUAAUCCUUGAUGAGGGGAACACAGAGAAGUCUCAUGGGAUGGCUGUAGCUGCCUUGCAAGCUGCAGAUGAGUAUUUUAAAGAAAGUAAGAGGGCAUGUGAGGCAUUCAAUGCAGCUUCUCCAUUGUCAAGAAAACCGCCGCUUUGGGGAACCAUGAAGUAUCUCUCUGACAAAAUUCCAAAAGAUACUUCUAUCAAAGUGCGGAUAAACCGCGAUCUAUACUCCUAUGAAAAAAUCAUGGAGACGGCACCAACGUUGCCUGAUUUUGCUUUGGCGCUGAAACCUGAUGACUUUCAGCUCCCUCCAGCUGACUCUUCCUGGAACGAGGAGAAUGUAGUUGCUGGACAAGCCAGUUCCAACCAUCUGAGGAGCGAGUGAAGAUGAGCCAUACUACAUUUCCAGAGAAGAUAGGCACAUGUGGCCAAAAAAUUGCUAGAGACAAGGGCGAGUCAACAAGUGAACCAUUCUUCCAUUGGGUGCCAAAUCUACUUUCGGCACACCCUGCUUUCCGCCUUCUUUACCCCCCCCCCCCUCUUCUUUAUCUCUCAUUGUCAAAGAUCUGUAAGUUAUCAUGCAGUAGAGCUCUGUACAAGUUCCCGUUGUGUGUAAAUUGGAUACUGCCUGAAAUUGAUUUUCUUUUCCAACACCAGAAUAACCGUAUGCCAUUCUCCUCAUUGAACUUGAAGCUAGCAAAAUUUGUCUAGUUUGAUAGAAAGCUGGCGGGUAAAGUUGAUUACAGCUGGUGUAUCUGUGUGCAUAGAAAGAAUGGCGUGGGAAAGAAAUAAGGACAAUCAUUUUUUCGCAA